AUGCGCUCGGGGGGCCCCGCCUCCCGAAGGAAAGCGUCCCUCCGAAGGGACCCCCGUUCGAAAGGCUUUCUCCAAGCCACUUUCCGCUCGAUCGCAGCUAUCAUCAACUACAACCUGCAGCUCAGAAGACUCAACAUCACGCCCUUCAUCCAAACCAACCCUAGCAAUCUCCCACCAAGAGACCUCCUCGAGCAACUCAAACUCAACCUCGCCACAUUCGAUGGCAUCCUACAGAACAUCCAAACCAUCACCACCAUGUCUAUCGCAAUCACCAGACGAGACCUGGAUCAAGCAAUCCAAUCAAAACCACCCGACCAACCGCCCAUGGAAAUCGAACCCCUUCCGAACCAGAAAGCCACCCAGGAAGAGCCGAUCAUCAUCGAACAAGACCCAGAGAAUGCUGAGCCUCCCACCCUCCCAGCCGAUCAGCCAAGCCUACCACCAGAAGACCAACCGACGAGAUCGAGCUUGGUGGAUAGCCUGAUCCCUCCACUUGAUGAAUCCACUCCCGACGACCAGCCGAUCAAAAAACCAGCGCCGAUCGAGAUCGAUCUCGACCGCGACUCGAGCCCCGAAACCGCACUCAACAACGUCCCCGUCACUCACGCCUCGAAGCAGAAACCUGCGCGGUCAUCAUCCGCCACCAGUCCGACGAGCCCCAACCCUGCUGGGGGUGAGCCCCCCGGGACGGCGAAUCUGGACUUCAAAUCCACCUCCGACCUCACCGACGGAGAUCUCUUCGGCGACGGCAGUCUCUUCGGCAGCAGCCAUCAUGGCUCCGUCGUCCCCUCCCCUCUCAACCAGCACGCCCAUGUCGUCCUCCCUCCCCCCUCCGAAAAGGACCAGAGCAACGACCAUCAGCAGCCGAGCGAAAUCGAGCAGAACAACGACCUUCAGCCCAAGAGUCUUUCGUUGCCCGAUCACUCGGCGAUCGUCCCCCUAGAAGAAGCAUCUACCCAGCCACAAACUGCCAACCAGCCCUCGAGCGACGAGGCGGCCGAUGUGCCGUCCUCUUCGAUCACCAUUGCUCAGCAGCAACAGCUUCCAAUCGAGCCAUCCGCCCAGCUCUCGGUCCCGCCGACCCAGGACCCGAGCGGGAGCGUGUCGGCGUCAAGCUCUCUGGCCAGCACGGGCAGCGCACUGGGCGACGCGGGACCGGUGGACAUGAUCACCACCCAAGCCGACCUCUCCGCCUUCCUCUCCAGCUUCUCCCAGCCCUCCUCGGCCGCCCACUCCACCGGGCCCAGCGGCUCCUCGUCGCCCGCCAAACAGGCCCUCGAACAGAACUCGGCUUCCGACAUCCUGGGCUCCCUCGCUACCUCUACCGCGCCUCCUGCUCCUGCCUCUUCAUCCGACGAUACUCUCGGCCCGUCCUCGAGUGCCCUCACCUUCCCUUCCUCUACUCUGUCAACAGGUAGCUCUAAUGGGAUCGACUUCGCAUCCAUCUUCGCUAAUAUGGACCCCAAACCUCCGCCUUCCUCCUGA